GGCGGGCAAGCAACAUUGGGUGUCUUAUGAUGGGACAGGUAAAAGACGACACUAUAGCUGCCAGUGGACCAGCAUCCUCACAGACUCUGCCAGGUGGUGGACAUUUUCAACAAACAUUAUUCUUCACCGACUGAAUCUGACACAAUUGUAUGUCUUGGAUAAAGGAAUUCUCUUGUAAAGAAAGGUCCAGUGCACAGCUCAGACUGGAAAAUGAGCCUUCUUCCAUCUCUGCUAUUCUUCAGCCUUUGUUUGCCUCUCUAUUUGUCAGUGCCUGAGCGCAGCCUGCUCGAGUUCAGAGAGAUGAUCAAGUGCACUCUGCCAAACAGCAACCCUGUGCUGGACUUUGCAGACUACGGCUGCUACUGUGGGCUUGGAGGAGAAGGCACACCGCUUGACGAGCUGGACAGGUGCUGUGUGGUGCAUGACAACUGCUAUGGCCUGGCUCAGAACCACAGCGCCUGCGAUUCUGCUUUGGACAAUCCCUACACAAACAGCUAUGACUUCACCUGCAAUGAGACCAGCAAGACAGUUACAUGCUCGUCCAGCAACGAUGAGUGCGAAAUGUUCAUCUGCGAUUGCGACAGAGUGGCGGCCGACUGUUUCGCCGUUGCUCCCUACAACGCAUCCAACAAUAACGUGGCCAGCGAAAUCUGCAGCGCCGCUCUGGGUGGACCCUUCCCUUCCAUCUCGGUCUGUCCCAUGACUGCCCUCACCUUCCUCCUACUCACAGUACUACAGAGGAGUCUUUCAUAUUGACCGCUGAAAAUGCAAUAGCCUAUGGUCUGUCUGCGAGGGGCAGAUACUGUAUGAAGGUGGUCACUGCGGUCACUGGUUAUUGGACACCAUUGCCCUCAGGAGGAUCAUGAUGAAUAUGAUAUUCAUGUGAAGAAAAUGACGUAAUCAAUCCAACAGUGGUAAAGAAAUUGACUGUAUGAGUGAGCAGGAUGUAGAAUUGAAAAGUUCUUAUUUUUUUGUAAUUCAUGAUGUUUGUUUGUGGCCCUGUAUUUAUUGAUCACUGCUAUGUACUGUAGGUUAUAUAUUUAUUGUAAGUGUCUCUGAAUUAAUUGUAACUGUUCUAGGAUAUUGCAAACACAGUGAGCUUCAUAAGUAUUUGAACACAUGCUAAAGUUGACUAAAAUGAGGAAUAUAAAAUCAUCUUUUGGAAAUUGAUUUUAAUGCCUUAAAAAAGAGGAAAUAUCCAACGUUUAUUAGCUGGUUUCAUUCUCUUUGAGCUCAAUGCAAACCAAACCAGCUAGACUAACUGAAAAAAAAAAAAAAAACACCUCACCAAUACAUUGGUGAAGGAGGGUAUGUGAUAAUAUGGGGGUAUUUUAAUUCCAAAGGCCAAGGGAACUUAAUCAGGAUGCAUAGUAUCCUGGAUUUCAUGAAACAACUGCUGGCCUUUAAAAAAUAAAUAUCUGCCUGCCUCUAUGGGAAUUUAACAGGGGUUCCAAUACUUAUGUAUUUUAAGGAAAAACAUUUAUUUAUUUAUGAGACAUUUUUCAUUCACAAAGAAAAUUGGUGUCCUUAAAGGUCCAUUAUUUCCUAUUUUUUUUUAUUUAACACAUUAAGAUCAAUUUCCAAAAGAUGAUUUUAUUUUGAUUUUUAAUCAACUUUAGAAUUAGCCUGACUCCACCCGUCUACGCACUUCCGCUCAACGUCUUUGUCCCUUCAGUGCUCCGUCUGGGAUACUUGUUCCACUUUUGUUUACUCCGGCAAGUGCACACCUCUGCCCAAUCAGCGGAUAGGGGGUGUUUCCGAGAGCGAUUACAAAGUUUCAAGCCUAUCGUUAUCGUUGUGUUCCCAGUGGUUAACAUAUGUCAUUACCAAACGUUAGUGAUUGAACUCCAAUAACUUCAGACAAGCAUCCACCAACCAGGAAAUAAACGUAUACGCAAAGGCUACUUUAGCAUGUGUUAAAAUACUCUGCUCACUGUAUACUACUGUAUAAGUAUUCACAGUAUUGUCAAGCAAACACAAGAGAGCCCAAUACAAAGUGUGUGUCUUUGUGGUAGAUGACAAAUGAUGAUACCGUAAUGCAAAUCUAUAAAAUGAAUUAUUAAACUCUGCUGUGUGCAGUGGAUUCAAGGUC